AUGAAGCGCUCACGCGAGCCUGAAGAAGACGAACAAGUAUCGUCGCCGGAACCCGAAGCUAGCUCAGGGAAGAUAUCGAACAGCGCAAGUCCAAGGGAAGUAGAAAGGCUCCCGCCGGCGAAAAUCACAGAGCUUGACGAAUCAGCCGUUGACGACGCCGACGACGAAAACGGUACCUUCAUCAUGAAAUGCUCUCUGCCCCCUCAUCGAGAUGUGCUAUCGUUCAGGACGUAUACGGAGUAUGAGGCACACCACAACAGGACGCAUACGAACCGAUGCGUAGAAUGCGGGAAGAACUUCCCGUCCGAGCACCUACUAAACGUGCACAUCGAAGAGUGGCACGAUGCUUUUGCCGCCGUGAAACGAGAGAAGGGCGAGCACACGUACUCUUGUUUUGUUGAGGGCUGUGAUCGGAAAUGCAGAACCCCUCAGAAGAGACGGAACCAUCUCAUCGACAAGCAUAUGUACCCGAAAAACUACUUCUUCGCUGUUACCAGGGACGGUGUGGAUGGAAGACAAUCACUACUAAUCGAAAGCGGGCAUCGUCGACGCAGAUCUUCUACAACAACCAACGGUAGCGGUCCAAAAACAGCAGGAAGAAGACAGAGUCUCCGGCAAACGGAAACGCCUAAUUCAGGGGCCCAAGAGUCACAGGCGGAAGUACCAAAGGCGGCCCCCCCUCCAGCUGAGGCCCCAGACACAGAAAUGGAAGACCUAGCUGGUGCUAUGUCGGCACUGCGGUUCAUCCCUACAAGCAUCCGCUUUGGCCACAGAAGAGGAAUAGCAGGCUUCGCAAGACAGUAA